GUGUAAUAAUUUUAGAAAUGACUUACCGAGGGUUUGGUUACGUGGUGGAUUCCUGUCCUACCAAUGAGACAGAGUUUAUCACAGCUGCUACCAGACUUAACUGUAGUGAGGACCAGUAUGGACGUAAUCAGUAUACCUGUGUCCCAAAUGAAAACAGAUCAGCUCUUGUAGAGUUCUGCUACAGCAAAAUUGUCGGGUUAUAUCAAAAGGGAUAUUGCUUGGUGACAACUGGGAAUGGGACGUUAGAUCAAAUUAGUUGUCAUCACUUUAUGACUGGCUGCCCAGAAGAAAAUUUUCGAGGAACCGACCAAUACAAAUUUUCAGCUUGCAGUAGAAUCAACACAGAAAGCAAUUGUUUCUAUGCAGAUCCCUCAUGUCCAAAUAUGUAAGCGUUCAAUGAAAUUUCUAUGUACAUGGUUAUAAGUGUUUCAAACACGUUUCUGGAGACUACUUUUAGUAUUUUAGCAAAUCAGUUGCUGUGGUUCUUUUUACUUGAUCUUUAAAAGACUGUUUUAAAAUAUUUCUAUACACAAUGAAGUAGAACGAAUGCACCAAAUUUUCUCCUGGUUAAAAAUUGCCAUGAAAAAUAUAGUUAUCAAUGUAUCGUGCAUCUAACAAUGAAUAAAAACAAUUAUUGCAUGAAUAUUCAUAUAAUUCAUUGUUGAUCGUUAGUUUAUAAAGGAUGAGGUGACAUACGGCCCCCGAUAAAUUGCCAAAAAAUAAAUAUCCAAAUUUUAUUCUAAUUUAUGCUCAACUUAUCAGU